CGAAUACAAUGGAGUUUGAAGUAGUGGAUGCACCAAUAAUCAAAGGUAUGGCGCGCGAAAGCAAAAUCACGACAAUCAGUUUUUGCAAUGAAAAUUUCCGAGGCCACAACAGCAAACWUGUGACGACCGAAGAUCUAUCUGUCCGAGAGGUACCGGAAGAUUCCCUCGCAUCUUCCAAGAAACGCAAAAUCGAUGCUAGUUCCACCGAUGACAGCGCCGUAGACAACAAGRAACUGGAGACGUUCGGUUCGUCUUCAAAGUCCGAGCAAGUUCUGGGCAAUGAUAAUGAUGACGAAUUGAAUAUUCGUAACUCUUUGGCAAGGAUCGAAAGAAGCAUUGAACGCAUCAACGAAAAGGCGAAGGGUGGCAAAAACCGUGGGAUCCRCACGGAAGAGCUUCUAAUGAGCCUCUCGUUGAAGGUCGAUGCAGUCGAGACGAACAUCAACAAGCAGCUGCUGCUUCAUGACAAUUUUUCCAAAAAGAACAAAGGUAUUUCUGAGGUUGAUGAGCUGCUGGUUUCACUCAAGAAGGCAGUUGRUGAUCUAGGAGCAAGGGAAGUUGACGCGGAAAAAUUCAAAACAAAGGAAAAAGAUUUGCUGUUUCUCUUGAAUACGAAGGUUGACACUAUCAACGCAAGGAACAAAGAAAUACUGGAAUCCGAGAAGAGGAAUGAAAACAUUCUGGUUGCGAUGGAGGCAAAAGCCAACGAUAUCGAAACUAGGAAGAAAGAAUUAUUGGAACUCGAGACGAAGAAUGAGAAUGUCCUUGUUGCCCUGGCGACAAAAUUUGAGGAUCUCGAAAGAAAGAACGAGGAAAUGUCAUUGAGUUUGGGCAAUAGCCACGAUCUUGUUACCAAWCUCACUGCAACGGUGGAUUCACUCAAAUUUACCAACGAGAAUCUGGUAAAUCUAUUGGUGGCCUUGAACCACAAGAUAACCGAUAUKACAGUAAAGAACGAUAAUGCUUGCGUUCGUUACGAACGGUUGCAAGAGAUGAUGGUUGCCGCUAACGAGAAGGUAGCCGAAGCUUCAAUCGAAACUGCAGUGAAAACCACUGAAGAUACUCAAAAAGUGAAGGAAGAGGAGGAGAGACAAGAAGUGAGUGGCAAAAACGCACCCAAUUCGGAGGAAAGAGAUACAUGGAAUUCCAUGUUUCAAAGACUCCAGCAAUUCAGAAAAGAGAAUGGCAGCUGCAAAGUUCCAUUCCAUUUAAGGGAAUAUCAAGACCUAUCAAAUUGGGUGAACAACCAAAAACGCCUGUACAAUAACUUAAUUACUGGAAAUGGGGCUGAAAUCAUCGAACAAGACAAGAUUUCCCAGCUCGAACAUCUCGGUCUUAAUUGGGGAAAGGACUAUCCUUCYCAAGAAUGUUGGGAUGCCAUGUUCGAAAAAUUAGAAUCGUAUCAUAAAGACUUAGGAAAUUGCRAUGUGCCUUUGAAAUCUCAUUACAARCAGCUGGCCAAGUGGGUAAUUCGUCAGCGUAAGGAAUACACUGAUAGAAAGAGAGGGCAUCUUUCAACUCUCACUUGUUAUCAAAUUCGCAAGUUGAACGGUAUUGGAUUUAACUGGGACGGCCCCAACUCAUMCAAAAAACUUAAAAAAAGUGCAUCCGCAAGGUCCAAACCUUGAUACRACCUCGUAGUGGUGAUACAUUAUAGAAUAWUGCUAAUACAUCGCGGUGUGAAUGACGAAAUAACUUUUUCCAUUUCUA